CUCUCAUAGAGUCAUAGAGAGAAUCAAAAACCAAAAUGUCUUGUGCUAAGUACGAUGUCUUUCUAAGUUUUAGAGGGCUCGACACUCGCCCCAACUUCGUCAGCUUUCUCCACAAAGAACUGGAUCGAAGGGGCAUUCGAACCUUCAAAGACGACGAGGAGCUCGAGAAUGGCCAGAGGAUUUCCCCGGAGCUCAAUCGCGCCAUCGAGGUGUCGAGAUUCGCCGUCGUUGUGGUCUCCGUCAACUACGCUGCGUCUCCUUGGUGUCUCGACGAGCUCGUCAAAAUUAUGGAUUUUGAGAAAAAGGGUUCGAUGACCGUUUUGCCCAUCUUCUACGGCGUGGAUCCGUGUCAUGUGAGGAGGCAGAUCGGGGACGUCGCUGAACAGCAGUUCAAGAAGCACGAGGACAGAGGAGUUGAUCAUGCGAAAGUGCUUUCAUGGAGAUUAGCAUUGGAGAAUUUGGCGAAUAUCUCCGGCGAGUGUUCAUCGAAAUGGAAUGAUGACUCGAAGCUGGUCGACGAAAUUGCUGAUAAGAUAUCAGAAAAGCUGAUGAUUGUUAGAACAAUAAGCAAUGGGAGGAACAUAGUGGGGAUUGAUAAACACAUGAAGAAUCUUAACCGAUUAAUGGAUUUGAAUUCCAAAAAAGAUGUGAGAGUGGUUGGGAUUUGGGCAAGAGGGGGCAGUGCUAGAUCGGCUCUAGCUAAAUAUGUAUAUCAGACAUCCUCUAAACACUUUGAAAGCCAUUGUUUCCUGGGAAACUUGAAAUUGAUUUCUCAGGGUCGCUACUUUGAAAGCCAUCUACACGAAGAGUUUUUGAAAAGUAUGAAAGGAGAAUGCUCGACGAGCACACAGGGUCUCAAGAACCAAAAGGUUCUGCUUGUGGCAGACGAUGUCAGUAAGCUUAAACAGUUAGAUGCGCUUGCAGUGGAUUACAGCGGUUUUGGUCCGGGGAGUGUCGUUGUCAUCACUACACAAGACAAGCGGCUGUUGCUUUCUCAUGGUGUAGACAAUGUCUACGAAAUAAAGUUUUUGAGAUUCCAAAAAGUCCGAAGAACAAUCGCCUUUAAAAAGAGAGACAUCUUUGCUGCGUUCGAGUCUGCUUUGUAUCGAGCAAAAGAUUUUGCCACGGAAUGUUUUGGUUGCCCAACUAGUACAUCUGGUUAUGAGAAAUUUUGUUAAACCCAAUUUAUUAAGUUUGAGGCUUCCUCUGCAUUCAUAAUCAUUUCUUUUUUUCUUUUCCUUUUGACACCUUGGUGUCGGGGUUUCGUGAUCUGCGGAAGCAAUCUGCAUUCAUCAUCAUGAAUAUAUAUAUUUUUAAAUGUAAUAAAUUUAGUUUUGUAUGGUUAUUUUGUCGUGUUAACUAUUUA